UCUUAAUUUUUUAAACCCCUUCACCAAAAAAAAAAAAACGUCCUGCUUGCUUGUUUGUUGACUCGUCCGAUUUUCUCUCUCCUCUUUCCUCUCUCUCUCUGCUACAGCAACAACAACAACAAUGGGUGGCGGCUUUCGUUGGGUUAGACCCGAGGUUUAUCCUCUUUUUGUGGCUGUUGGUGCUGCUGUUGGAAUUUGUGGCUUUCAGCUUGUCCGCAAUAUCUGCAUCAAUCCUGAAGUCAGGGUGAAUAAGGAAAACCGAGCUGCUGGAGUCUUGGACAAUCAUAAAGAGGGAGAGAAAUACGCAGAGCAUUUCAUCAGGAAAUUUUCACGCACGCAGAGCGCAGAAAUCAUGCCAGGUCUCAACAAAUUCUUCAGUGACCCUCAGUGAAUCUCCCCCACCAAUUAUGUUGACUUUUGAGUUACAGUGGAUAUUAACUAAAAUCAUUUCCUCAUUACAUUGAUGAAUCAAUAUGAUGAUGUAACAUAAUGUGUUACUUGGUCUUUCCUCUAUUUUUUGGAACUGUUUUAAGGUAUUGAAACAGUGGAACUUGGUAAGCCCAUUCAAGGGAGAACCAUGUAAAUUAAAAAACCUUCAAAACCUUAUCGCUCGUUGAAUAAUUCUACAAAGUGUCGUCGUUGAUUUCA